CUGACAUUUUAAUAUACUUUUUAGACAUUGACAGCGUAGCGGGAACGAUAACUCUGGGUAGAGACUGCCGAACUGCCUGAGUGGGUUACGUUUUAGACUGUCAUGUAACAAGAUAGAUGUGUUGAGGGCAGUGUCAGUAUUUAAACCCCUACCGCUUUCUAGUCUUCUAGUCUAGGCGUGCGUUAUCGUUCAGGAAACAGUCGGAAAAGCCCUUCUUUGAUUCACUACAACGAUGCACUUCAAAGUUUUAAUGUGCCUGGGGUUUCUGGCCGUCGGUGUCCGCCAAGCUCUGACUGCCCUCGGUGGACAAGCAUGUACGAUCCCUUCUUCAGGUAACCCCGGGGCGGCUACCUUAUGUACCGGAAUACCGAACGGCUUCUGUAUGCUUGACACCCUUACCGUCACAGGUAGCCCCGUCACAGCUGUCGCUUCCACAGGAGUAUGUGUCUGUUACUAUGGAUACAGUGGACCUGCUUGUGCCACUGCAGAUUCAUCAACAACCUCAUCAACCUCAACCUCACCCAACACAUCUAACGCCUUUGGGGCUCUGGCUCUAGGGGGUAUUGGCGCUUAUUUAUUGAGUCAGCUCGGAGGUGGUGGAUCACAAACCGCACUAGGCAUUGGUGCAGGACCGCAAGCAGCCCAAGACGCCUUUUAUCUUCGACAAUCCGUGAAUUCGGUAUUGGGCAAAUAAAUAUUUUGUGAACUGUUGAAGACGUAAGUGAAAUGGAUUAAAAUGGCUGGUAGAAAGUAAAUAUUGUUUGUCGUUAAAUUUAGUGGUUCCAUUUUUAUUUAUAUAAGUUGGAAGAUGUCUUUAAGUUUGAAAUUAUUGCUAAUUAAAGCAAGUCCUAGUAUUUGUAGGCCAAGAAAAAAAUCCUGUUGGUUUUAAUGAAUAAAAGUGUAUAAUGAAAUAUCAAAGGGCAAUAUGAAGCCUCUGGUUACGGUUUUGUGUAGUCCUUAAUGAAGAGUGCAUCCAUGAUCUGAUGUAUGUGAUUUCAUUUAUUAAGGUCUUCCGUAGCAACGGAAGACCUUCUACUUAUUGUGCUGGUUAAGAUUAUUCUUAUUAUUCUUUUUUUUUUUUCCCUAGACGCUAACUUUGAAGCUUCAUAUCUCGCUCAUUCCUCAACCGAUUUUGCUCAAAUUUUCAGCUUUAAUACAUUUUACUAAAGACUUUCAAAAUACUUUUAAACAUUUUGGAUAUUCUCUUCCGCUUGCGAGUUAUUUCCCUUUUAGUGAAAUUUUAGGGGCUUUGGUUUCCAGAUAAAGGCUCCGAGACUAUAAUAAUUGGAGCAGAGAAAACACUGAAUUGGUAAAGUAGAAGCAUUGUAGUUGUGCACAUCAUAUUUUGUUUUUUGAUUUCGCCAUUUAAAAUGGCGAUAGAGAGGGGUCAAAAAUCAGGACGCCUGAAAGAGCGAAAAUUUGCACAUAAUUUCCUUUGUAUCUUUUAAACUAAAAAUAUUUUGUUAAGACAUGUAGAAUAAAAGUUGUGUAGAAUUUCAAGAGCUUUUAUUUGACACCAGUAAAAAGGGGCUGGCCCCUUAAAUUAGGGAUCUACGGCCCCUAAAAGUUUUCGCUUUAUAGCUCAAAAACGGCAAAGAAUUCGAUAUGGCUUCCGAUGGAAAAGUUGUUCUUUAACAUCUUAUUUAUCUCAUGAAAUUGUUAUUUUGUUCGAAUCUUGUGUUAUAUUAGAGUAAAAAGCUAUACCCGUAAACAAGUAGCCAUUUUCAUUUGGCAAGUGAGCGAGAACUCUUCAUGCGUAUAACUGAAAUAAACUUGCUAAAAAUAACAUACCUGACUACAAUAGAUACUAAUAUUCAUUUUAAAUAAGGUUUUUAACAUGCUCUGUGGUUCAAAUACAAAUUAUUUAAUGAUACAUUUCUCUUUUUCUUUCGUUUUAACAUAAACAAACCUUCAACAACAACAAAAGGAGAGAGAUAAAUUAUCUUUUAUUUGUUUCAUAUUAGAAUUAAAAUAAGUAAUAUACAUAAAAAUAAAACGUUCAAACGUAAAAUAAAUCAUGGUCAAUAACUGCAAGCUGUUUACAUUCUUCACGGUCAGCGUUGUUUAUACAGUUAUGUAACCCAACUCUCGCCUCGCUCGCAGGUGGCCAGAGUGACAAGCUUGCAUAAUCAAAACAAAAACAUCGAAGCUAACUCGGCUUUCGUCCAUCGCAUAAAUAAACACAUCAAUUACUGGAAAA